AUGCCCCGACAACGAAGAAGAGGAGGAACAGGUACACUGAAAUAUAUCAAUACUUUUUUAUUUGAUUCUAUGCAGGUGAAACUCACAGCUCAACAGGAGUUAUGAUGCUGCACCUUGUGGCUGUAUUCAGUAACCUAUAUUUCAAGGGUGCAUCUGAAGGUGGUUUGAUUUUGAUUCUGGCCUGAACUCCAGGCCUUAAAAUUGACACUGAGCUAAAAGGAUUUUAGACUUUUUUAACCCCAAACUUUAGAAUUUUAGUCCUGUAGUAGCAGAUUACCAGAAAAUAUGAAAGCACUGGAUAAAUAAAAGCAUGUAAAGUAAUGCUUAUGCAAGAAGAAAACUGCAAUCCUAGACAGUCAUAUAUUAUACUUUUUAUUAGGAUUUCGAAUGAUCUUUUGGCUCUUUUGUAGCUUUGUGAAUCUUGAGAAUAAAAAAAAGACAGAAGAAUCACCAGUUUUUGCACUUUAUGAGUUAAAUAGACCUCCCUGGAUCUGCUGAGCAAUUCUGUGUUUGUGCUGCACUUUUCCAGCUGCUCCCACAGACAAAUAUGUGCUCUGUAAGAUACCUGAAGAAUGGGCAAGACUACCUCUUGUUCGUAGUCGCAAGUUUCCUCUACCAUGUAACAGCGUUGCAGUAUAUUGGCCGAUAACGUCCAGCAGAGAAGUUGUGUACGCAGGUCACAUUUGUCCCAAAAGCUCUCAGGAAAUGCCCGAAUCAGCGCUGAAGCCUCCACUUAAAAAUGCACCUCUGAGAGAGAAGCUUUUGAAACUGAAGGAGAAGAACAAAGCUGACGAGGCCCUGACUGAAGCUAUCUCCAAACUGCACAGAGACCUCAACUUCUCAACCAGCAUCAAUCCAGAGCCUAAAGCCAUCAAGGAGAAGGAGUCUAGCAAUGAAGAUCCACCUGAUGAACCAGAAAUGGAAACUCAUGCAGAGCCUGAAGCUCCAAGUGGAAGAGAAAACACACCACAGUUGGUCACCAACUACCCACUUCCUUACGACAUUCUGGACCAAAGAGAGCGUUUACUGCCACCGCCAUGGUCAGAGGGGUCUCAUUUUGAAGCUAUAGUGGACCUGGACAGUCUGUACAUGGAGUUAGGGUUCUCUCCUCCUCAUUGA